AUGAGUAUGGAAGAUGAUGUAAUUGAUGGCAUUUUCAAGUAUGCAUGGGACCAAAUUGACAAGCCUAUUAGUGGGGACUUUAUAUAUGGUAAAGAUUUACCAAAGUUAAUCGAGAUUAUUGAAGAUAUAUUUCAAAAGGCGCAAAAGAAUGGGUCUUAUGAUCUUCGAUUACCAUUAUUUUCUGGAAUCAAUACAGAUUUAUUUCGCACAUUUUCUAAUACAAAGACAUUCUUUAAGAUACACAAAGAAGAAUUUGAUGAUAUCUUUUUCAAUUUGAUUAAUCGUUCGUUCAAGGAAGUUCUAGAAGACGCAUUCAUUGAUUUAGAUUACAUUCCACGUGACUUUCUGGUAAGUGUGGAUUCGAAAUCAUCUUCAGAAUCCCUAGUUGAGAAUAAAAAUAAGAAUAUUCAAGAACGUGGGGUAUUAACGCCCGGAAGGAAGCCCACUGAACCACCUAGCAAAGUGGUCAACCAAAACAAUAUAGGAGACGCAUCAAAGGUGCAAGUGGAAGAAUUGCAAAGGGAACUGAAUACGAAGCAAAAAUUACUCCAGGAGAAUGAAAGACAGGUAAACGAAUUGAAAAGAAGACUUGAAAUUUAUCACGAGAAGUACGCUUCUAUACAUCAACAAUUCAGUGACUUACAGAAAACUAGACAAGCAGAAAACAAUCAAGAUUUCCCUAGAACGGCUGACUCCGAAUCAUCCAUCGUUGCUGGAAUUGAUCAAAAAGCCAUUCUAGAAGAGUUCAAAAGUAGACUACAGAGACAAACGGACACUAUAUCAUUUUUGAAGGAUCAAAUACGGCGAGAACGAGGAUUAAAUUACAGCAACGAUAAAGUAGCACUUUUAAAGCGAAAGUCCUCAAUUUCUGAAGGUGAUUUCAUUUCAAAUAAUUAUGCUGACCUGUUUUCAUCUCGUUUAUGGGUAAAAGCAAUAAUAAGAAUUUUAAUCUGCUUCCUCCUCCUGGCCGGUGUGUUUCCAUACAUUAAAAAACUCUUUUAUGGCCAUGAUACGCCUUCUCAAAACUCAAGGUUACAGUUAUCAUGGUGGGAAAGUAGUGGCAUAUUAAGCAAAAUUGUGUGGUUCUUUGAAGAUCACACGGAUUUAGAAACAGAAUACGCUUCAACUGCCAAGGUAGAUGAUGCUUAUAGCAAAGUAUUCGGCAUAUAG